AUGCUAGCCACGGUCACCCCCGUGGCGUCCGUUUCCUACAGGAAAGCGGCGGGAUCCCGACCACCAGGUGACAUGGUGGACUUCCAAGACUUAGCUCCAUCUCACACGCAAAUUUCCAAUGCUUCCGACAGUCGAGUAUUUCGGUGCUCCGACUCGACGGGCCAACUGUCUCCGGCGUCGUCGACGUCGUCCUACGCUCCCCACGAGAGUUCAGCCCUCUACGCAGCGGAGCCUAACCUUUACGAGAAAGCCAAAGAAGAACAGGCCCUCUACCAUCCCCAGGCGAGCUACGCUGCGCCCCAAGUAGUCCCCCAAGUCGUGGGCCAGACGUACAUUUCCUCCCCGCCGAACGGAUACUACAGUGCUGCUACAAGUGGUCAAGUAGAAGACUUCAAACUGUACUCCUCCACCGGCAUGAUCGGAGGCUACAGCCAACAGACGGCCCCGAGCUGGUUUCCGUCGAGUGCGUCCACGACGACUUCGACACAGAUUUCUCCACCUGCAUCGCCCGAAACGCAAGUAGGCUGUCCGUAUUCAGCCGCCCUCGAAAAUGGCCUGCAGUACCCCCGAAUGGUGACUCCCCCGUCGUCUCCUCACCUCUCAGCUGAUCUCCUGGUCAGUACGUCUACGAGUUCCGUAAUGACAUCGAGCACACCGCAAUUCUGUCCAUCGAUGCUAAGCCAAUCGGUCGUACUGAAACAACGCACGGCAUCGUCCCGUCGACCAAUGCGACGAACUAGUGUUUCAGAACCGCUUCCAAACGGUGCUCUAUCUAGUGCCGCCAGCAACGGCAACAGCGGCGUCGUCGUCGGCCCACAGGUCGGCGGUGGCGUAGGCAACGGUGGCAGUAAAAGCAAAAAGAUCACCAUCCACACCUGCUCGCACCCGGGCUGUGCCAAGACGUACACCAAGAGUUCGCAUCUGAAGGCGCACCUGAGGACGCACACGGGUGAAAAACCUUACAUGUGUACCUGGAAGGGAUGCGGCUGGAAGUUUGCACGCUCAGACGAGCUCACUCGGCAUUACCGCAAGCACACUGGAGACAGGCCGUUUCAAUGCAGGCUCUGUGAAAGAGCCUUCUCGCGCUCUGACCAUCUUUCGCUGCAUAUGAAGCGACACACUGUGGUCUGA